ACAACUCUCGAGCGGCCGCUGGAAUGAGCUGAAAAUAAGCGACCAUCCAACUGCGGGGAGCAGUGUGCUUCUGACAGCGAUCCGAUCACGUAGAACUCGCGCAGUUUCAGCCGUAUACCUUAGAUUUCUUAGACUAACAGCCAUGUCGCUACGUGUGAUGUCCCCCGCUGUUCUGAAUGCCUGGAGCCAGACCCUGGUGAGGGCCAUGUCCACCCAGGGCGGAGCCAAGAACAUCGGUUUCGUGGGCCUGGGCAACAUGGGCGCCAACAUGGCCAGCAACCUGAUCAAGGCCGGCCACAAGCUGCAUGUGUUCGAUAUCUCCAAGCCUGCCUGCGAUGGUCUGGCCGCCAAGGGAGCCACCGUGUACUCCAAGACCUCAGAGCUGGCCCAGAACUCGGACUUUGUGAUCACCAUGCUGCCGAACAACGCCAUUGUGGAUGCCUCCUACGAUGAGAUGACUGCCGAUGGCGUCAACAAGAACACCAUCUUCAUUGACUCGUCGACGAUCUCGCCGGAUUUGGUCAAGUCGCUGCAGAAGAAGAUCAGCGCCAAGGGAGCCCGGUUCAUCGAUGCACCCGUUUCCGGCGGAGUGCCCGGCGCCGAGCAGGCCACCCUCACCUUCAUGGUGGGCGGCACGGAGGCGGAGUACAAUGCCGUCAAGGCCGUCCUGGAGUGCAUGGGCAAGAAGAUCACCCACUGCGGCGUCUAUGGCAUGGGCCAGGCCGCCAAGCUGUGCAACAACAUGAUGCUGGCCAUCUCGAUGAUCGGUGUGUCGGAGGCCAUGAAUCUGGCGGUGCGCCAGGGGCUCGAUGCCAAUAUCUUUGCCGAGAUCAUCAACUCCUCCACCGGACGCUGCUGGUCCUCGGAGAUCUACAACCCCGUGCCCGGAGUCUGCCCCACUGCCCCAGCCAACAGAGACUACGCCGGCGGUUUCUCCACGGCCCUGAUCACCAAGGAUCUGGGACUGGCCUCCGGAGUGGCCAACAGCUCCAACUCACCCAUCCCGCUGGGUUCCCUGGCCCACAAGGUCUACCAGUCGCUGUGCGAGAAGGGUCUGGGCAACAAGGACUUCUCCGUGGUGUACGACCUGAUGAAGAAGGAGAAGUUCAGCGUUUAGGUUUAGGUCACUGACUACAGGUUGUGGUGGCCACCACCACGUCACCUCCGCAUCCAAACCAGUCCUGCAUUUAAAUAUAGCACUAAGUCCCUCUUUUUCAAUUUCUUUAUGCCUGUUGCCUGUUCUAUGCAAAUUAUACGUAUGUAUAUUAAAGACGUAUCGCAUUGAGUGAAAAAGUUC